AUGAAUUCCUCCUACACAUCCUCUUCACAGAACUCGGAAAUGCGCACUCCCCACUUCAUCGCCGCCGCCAAAGCCCAGCUUCGGCGCCCAGCUGUGCAGGCGCGCAUCUCAAGCGCCAAAUCCCUCUUUUCCGCUACGAAAGACUAUCUGGCCCAGAAAGACUACCGGGCGGCAUACGCUGACGUCAGUGGGAGAAUGAAGAGUGCGGUGAGCAGCGCUAGAGAUUUGGCGGGUCAGUUGGCGAGGGACGACGACGCACCAGAGAACGAGUCCGUUCAGGGGUGGGUGGUCAGGAAGCGUCAAACGUGGGAUGAGUGGACGAGAGACAGGAGGCGCAGGAGGCAGGAGGAGCUCAGGGGUACUGAGCGAGUUUGGCUCUUCCCCGGUUGGGCUGCUCGGUGCACUUCUCACAGCAGGACGACUGCGAGCCAGAAGAAGGAUGCCCAAGAACCUUUCGAUGUCGAGCUCAAGGUCUCUGGGUAUUUUCUGUCCAUGCGACCCCCAGAGCAGGCAACAAGAGCCCAGCGCGCGUUCAUGCGCCUCGCACGGUCUUUCUCUUCCCUCCCCCGCCUGCCGACCCCAGGCAGCGGAUCAGGGAGCGAGAGCGCAAGCCUGAGGAGCUUCGAGGGCGGCAGUACCCCCCCAAGCGGAACGGCGAGUCCGCUCAUGUCGCCUCUCUUAAGGGCGAUCAUCUCCGAAGAACCGGAGGAUGCGGACUUGAUCAACCUCGAUUCCCCUGCCGGAGCGAGCAAGGACGACGGAGGGUACUUUACGAGCAACAACUGGGUCGGGAAGGAUCCCCUCCCUAGCCCAAGUCAGGAGCCUCUCGAGUUGGACUUACUUACUCCUACUCCCACUUCUGCUGGUGCACUAGUCCUAGAGCACGAGAAUGAUAAGACGACGCCGAGCAUCUCACUCUCCCCUGUCGACUACUCCGAACGUACCGCUCCCCCACCCAUCCCUCUAAAGCCUGCCUCGCUGUCCUCCAUCCCCUCUCUCUCCCUUCCCAAACCACUCAAUCCCACCCCAGUCCACCACGCACACCACGUCCACUCCCCCCGCGCGCCCUCGCCCCUCUCCUCUCCCUCCCUCGGCCCUACCCGUUCCCCCCGCCUUGGCCCACACCGCCAGCCAUCACCAAGCCUCGGCCCCACACGGAAAUCUACGAGUAUAUCAAGCGCCUCCUUCGCCGACCUCCCCUCUAGCGAACUGCGUACCCUCCACGCGAACCUUGAAGCCCGCCUGCAGCCCUUCUGGGCCAGCUCGCUCUCCUUGCGCAAAGUCAAACUCACCAUUUCACUUCCGCCUCCUCCCCCAGCAACAGAAAAGUCCGACUCCCCCAGCACGGUACUCGCCAAUCUCUCCUCCUCCAAAGCACCUAUAAAGCUGCUCGAAAAGGAAGUGACAACAAACUCGAACGGGUACUUCGACGAGCGUCUACGGGUUCCCUGGACAACUCUCACCUCAGCCCUACGCAAAGCAGGGGUCGACCUCUCCCGCCUAAGCAACAUCGAAGUCCGUGCUGAGGUCGUCCCCCUCCCUCCUAUCCCCAGUUUCGCACCCGAUCCAACCCAAGCCCCUCACCCAACACAACAAAGCCCUCCCCUCGAAUAUGCUCUCCCUCCCUCCCCCGCGCUCAGAGUCAUCUCCGACAUCGACGACACGGUCAAGCACACCGGUGUCCUGCUCGGCGCUAAACAAGUGUUCCAUAAUGUGUUCGUGAGGCAUCUGGAUGAACUCGUACUGGAUGGAGUGGGAGAAUGGUACAGGGAGAUGGAGCAGUGGGGAGUUGGGUUCCAUUAUGUGUCAAACUCACCAUAUGAGCUGCUGCCCGUCAUUAGAGAGUUCUUUGAGGUAGCCGGUCUACCGCAGGGCUCCAUCAAGCUCAAGUACUACUCCCCUUCGGCAGUUUUCACCGGUCUCUGGGACUCCGCCGCCGACCGGAAGCGGCACGGCGUCGUCGAGGUGCUCGACGCCUUCCCCUCCUCCAGGUUCAUCCUCAUCGGUGACACCGGUGAGCAGGACAUGGAGCUCUACGUCCAGCUGGCACAAGAACGGCCCUGGCAGAUCGUGGGCAUCUUUUUGCGGGAUGUCACCCCUCCAGCAUGGACAGAAGACGGAGAGCAGAGAGAAGAAAGACGGCCAUUCCGGCGAUCCAUGUCCGGCAUGUCCCUGGCCUCCACGGCAUCGCUCAGCGCCUCUCUGCCCGUCGGUGGCUCCCCGCUGUCUUCUCCCGUUUUGGAAGCAUACCAACCCCGCCGAACCCACACGGCAUCCUCCACCCCUCCCUCCCCAGCCGCCCAGCCAACCCCCCAAUCCCCGGCCAUGCCUUCCAGCGUAGCCUACCUCUCCCAGUCCGCUGCCCAGCAGCCAGCACCAAUAACAAACGCCAAGGCUGGGGAGGUGUGGCGUGCCCGGCUAGCGGCGGCUAGGAAGGCAGUGCCGGAAGGCGUGGGGUUUACCAUCUUUCGAAGUCCGGAGGAGUGUGGAGAAUGGAGGGGGAUCGUCGCUCGGUAUGCGGGGGGCGAAUAG